AUGAAGGUAUCCUUAAUUACUGCAUCGUUGCUCGUGAUCCUUCUCGCCGGUGUUUGCUUUGUAACCGCGGCUGGUGCUGUUACACCUACCACAUCCGCCCAACAAUCUAACGAUAAUGUUUAUGUAAGAAAGUUGUUGUUAAAGAAGAAGAAGCAAUUAGCCAGAACCACUAAGGGACAUAAGGAAGUUCAAACUCUUAUUCGUGCUGCUCAGACAAUGCCAUCCGAUUCCCAAUCACAAGCUUACGUUCAAAACCAAAACCAAAUCUCAAGUGAAUUAACGACCGUUGAACAAACGCUUAAAUUUGAAAUUGAUGCUUUGACCAAGCUGUGUCUGAAUUGUGCCACCAAGAAAUCAGUAGAAAAGACAACACGAACAACCAGAAAGAACAAAUCCUCUGGAAAGAAAAUAACAUCCUCAACCAGAACUAAGAAGAGCAGAUCCGGGCGUAAACCUUCUGCUUCAUCAUCCAAAGCCACCACUGCUCCAUCUCCCUCUGUUGCAACUGCUUCCGUGAAAACACUUGUUCCAACAAAGCCAGCAAUCAAACCAACCACUCCAAAAGUGCCAACUCCAAGCAAAGCAAGUAAGGUUGUCAACAUCAAACCAACACGUGUUCCCAAAGCAGCAGGUUCAGUCACCAAAAAGGUUACCAAGCAAACCUCUGUUGUAAAAAAGCCAGCAAUCAAACCAACCGCUCCAAAAGUGGACGACCAAAAGACAGCCAGUAACAACACAAAGCCAACAGAUUCUGUCACCACUGCGGCUGUGAAACCAGUGACCACUUCGGUUCCAGGGAAGCCUUCAUCUACUCCAAAUCCAAUCAAAAAAUCUGUUUUUAACGCACCAACCACUGCUGCACAAUCUGGUGUGAAUACCUCUGUAAAACCAAUGUCAGCUUCUGUGUCAGCAAAUCCAGUUGUGAAACCAAAGGUUGUGAAGACAAAGCCAACAACCAAAGCAAUCGUUGUUCCCAAAGCAGCAGGUUCAGUCACCAAAAAAGUUACCAAGCCAACCUCUGCCAAAAAGCCAGCAAUCAAACCAACCACUCCAAAAGUGGACGGCCCAAAGACAACCAAUAACAGCACAAAGCCAACAGAUUCCGUCACCAUUGCUGCGGUGAAACCAGUGACAACCUCGGCUCCAACAAAGCCAGCAAUCAAACCAACCACUCCAAAAGUGCCAACUCCAAGCAAAGCAAGUAAGGUUGUAAAGGUGCCAACGAAGCCCACAGUUGGAUCGACAACAAAUUCUGUAGCUACUGCCUCAGUGAAACCAGUAACAAGCUCUAUUCCCGCAAAGCCUGUUGUCAAACCAACAAUUCCUUCUGCUCCAAAAGUUAAAGCUUCAAAAAGUAAGAAGAUUGUGAAGGCAGUUAGACUUCCUACCAAGACAACAAUUAUCAAAAAGAAAAAACCAGUUGCAAUUACUCCAGCGACACCAACCGUUUCCACACAAAGUGUUAUCACUGCACGCAAGCCAGCAAUUACAGCUCCAAAAACUACAGCUGCCCCAGUAAAAACAGCCCAUAAGCAAACCAUCAUUAAGAGAGCUACCACUGCCAAACCAACAGCCAAGAAGCAAAACAUCAUUAAGAGAGCUGCAAAAGCAGUAAAACGAGUUGCAAGAAAAUUGGGAAGAAGAAGGAGAUAA